AUGUCUAGCUUAGAAGAGAGUUCUUCUGCAACUAAGAAAGCUGUUGGUCAACAGCCAGAGACACAUGUGGUGUCCCCUUACACCUUGUCAAGCUCCGACAACCCCGGUUCGAUGAUCUCGUCAGUUUUGUUAACAGGCGACAACUAUAACGAGUGGGCAACGGAGAUGUUAAACGCUCUUCAAGCUAAACGCAAGACAGGUUUCAUUAAUGGAACGAUCCCUAAACCAGCUGGUGACGAUCCCAAUUUGGAGAAUAGGAUGACGGUGAACUCCAUGAUUGUUGGUUGGAUAAGGACUUCGAUCGAACCAAAGGUCAAGUCCACUGUAACAUUUAUCGCCAACGCUCAUCGGUUGUGGUUGGAUUUGAAGCAGCGCUUCUCUGUUGGGAACAAGGUGCGUGUUCAUCAACUUAAAAGUCAGCUUGCGUCUUGUCGACAAGAGGGUCAAGCGGUUAUCGACUACUAUGGCAAACUGUGUUCUCUUUGGGAGGAAUAUCAUAUUUACAAGCCUCUCACAGUGUGUUCUUGUGGCUUGUGUACCUGUGGAGCUACCUCUGCUCCGGCUAAAGAAAGGGAGGAAGAGAAGGUUCAUCAGUUCGUAUUGGGUCUCGAUAAAUCCAGGUUUGGUGGUUUGUGUGCCACUCUUGAUGCGAUGGAUCCUCGUACUUCUCUCGGUGAAGUUUAUAGCCGAGUAAUAAGAGAGGAACAGAGGUUGUGUUCUAAUCGUCAACGAGAACAAAAAGAGAAGGCUGUGGGUUUUCUUACUCGUCCUGAUGCUACUGGUGGAAGCAAACCAGACUCCAUUGUAAGCAAGAGUCGUCUCUCUUGUUCUCACUGCGGGCACACUGGUCAUGACAAACGUGACUGUUGGCAGCUCGUCGGCUUCCCAGACUGGUGGACAGAGAGGUCUGAAAAGAGUAAUAAUGGUCGUGGUUCCAGCAGCAGAGGAAGAGGCGGUCGUGGUUCUCCUUCCAACAGCGGUGGCCGUGGACGUAGUCAGAUGGUUGCUGCACAUGCUACCAGCUCGAACUCCUCUGUUUUUCCUAAGUUUACACAAGAACACUUGAAGGCUUUUACCCAGUUUCUUCAAGAAAAAUCCAACAAUAGCACUUCCGCAGGCGACAGUUCCAACAAGUUGUCUGUUAAGCUUAAGCUUGGCAAUGUUAUUUUGGAUACUGGAGCAUCUCAUCACAUGACAGGGAAUCUCUCCUUACUCAUCAAUGUGGUUCCUAUUUCACCAAGUCCAGUUGGAUUUACUGAUGGAAGUAAAACCUUUGCUAUAAGCAUGGGAGUGUUUCCACUCUCAAACAAUGUCAAGUUGACUAAUGGUCUCUUUGUGCCUUCACUCAACUGCACAUUGAUCUCUGACCAUUUUUCGAAGACUUUGAUUGGAAGCGGUGAAGAGCGUGAUGGUGUGUAUUAUCUUACAGAUGUGGCUACAACAAAGAUUCAUAUGGCAAGUGCGAUUUUUGAUCAGGCUUUGUGGCAUCGACGUUUAGGACAUCCUAGUUUUUCGGUUCUUUCGGCUUACCUAUGUUUUCUUGUUCCUCGUCUUCUGUUAGCUCUUCGUCUUGUGACACAGUUUGGUAAAGCGAUCAAGACAGUUCGAACCGACAAUGGCACAAAAUUCAUGUGCCUUUCCCCUUAUUUUCGUGCCAAUGGUAUUGUCCAUCAGACGUCUUGUGUGGCUAUGCCUCAGCAGAAUGGUCGAGUAGAACGGAAGCAUCGACACAUUCUCAAUGUUGCUAGGGCUUUGUUGUUUCAGGCAAGUUUGCCUAUCAAGUUUUGGGGUGAAGUUGUGCUCACUGCCGCCUAUUUGAUCAACCGUACUCCAUCUACUCUUCAUUCUGGUCGCAGUCCUUAUGAAAUUCUUCAUGAUUGCAAGCCUGCUUAUGAUCAGCUCCGAGUGUUUGGUUCUGCGUGUUAUGUUCAUCGUACUACAAGGGACAAGGAUAAGGUAUGUCAACAUAGCCGCAAGUGUGUAUUUGUGGGUUAUCCUGUUGGCAAAAAAGGUUGGAAGGCGUUUGAUAUUGAACGCAACGAGUUUCUUGUGUUUCGUGAUGUUGCCUUUCAAGAAGAUGUGUUUCGUUAUGCGGUUGUGUCUUCUUCUCCAACUGUUGUGUCUUCGUCUCCGACUUCUUGUGAUGAUGAUUGGAUAGUUAGUACUUCGGAGUUGGAGAAUUCGGAUCAUUCCUCUCCAGUUUCCCUGCCGGUUAAUCCUCCUACUCCUGAGCUUGUUGCUCCGACAGUUCCUCCUGUUUCACAGGUUCUACAGUCUUCUCCUGCGCCACGACACAGUAAGCGUACACCUAAGCCAUCUGUGAGAUUGACUGAUUAUGUUCUCUACAAUGCCAAUUACACACCAUCUUCCUCACACGCUCUUCCCGAUCUUUCGUCUGUCUUCGACAACGGUCGAAGGUACGUCUCUGUUUCCUUUGACAGAUUAUGUUUUGGAUGCUGA